AUGCCUGAACAACGUGAUCUAACGUCGAUGAAAACAUCUCGUUCAGCUAUAUUAUAUCACCGGAAUAACGGCGAACUAUCUCCGGAAACAAUUGCUCGUAUGACAAAGAUCCCACUUCGAACUAGUAAAUAUAAUAUUGUGAAGAUUAAAGAACAAGGUACAAUGGAGGACAGAUCGCGUUCUGGUCGACCUCGUAAAAUGAUAACUAAUGAUAACCAAGCGUUGGGCCAAUGGAUUCGACGGAAUAAUGAGAUAACGUCACAACAAUUAGCAGAAAAACUACUUCGUGACCGAGAUCUGAACGUAUCCCGAUGGACCGUGCGACGUCAGCUCCAACGACUUGGUUAUAAAAGUACUUUGCCUCACGGUACAUCAAUGUCGACUUCAGAACAAAAGGAUGCACGUGUUCAAUGGGCAAUUGAACACCAAAACGAUGACUGGAGCAGAACGAUAUUUACCGACAAAACUUGCUACCAAUUGUUUCGUAAUACUGUUCGUCGAUGGUCAAGAAAUCCGAAAUCUGAAGUCAAGCGAGUUCCAAAGAACAGACAGAAGAUUAUGGUGUGA